CGAAGCAAUAGGGAGACUGUCGUGUGCACCUGUAAGCUGUGCUACCUUGAUAUGUGAGGAGUCUGUGGUGUGUUCAAGCUGCGUCCUGAAAAGUAUGAGGAGCACCAUGUGGAGUAACGCUACACUGACGAGUUACACCCUUGCUGCCGUGGUUGGAACCAUCCUAUCCCUAGUUGCAAUUCACCGAGAGCUACAACAGAACCAGUGUAUCCGGCAGUGCAGACACGCGUAUUUCAAUGAGAUACCGAAAGAACGCAGCGAUGUCAUCCCAGAGGAAUACAUAGACACUCACCGGGUGGCGGAGGACCUUGCUCCGCUGGAAGAGUAUAUUCCCGUCGUCAAACCUUUCACGGGGUUCCACAAAGCCGAGAUAGACAACAUGAGAGCUAGUCUUAUGGAGGAGGCCCACAGUAUGAACAACAUGUUCGCCACACAAAAGAACAUCAAGCGAGGAGAGACCAUCCACUUCGCUGAGACCAAGAAGUGGUCUUUGCAGACGGAAACGGCGCAGAUCCCCGACAUCGUCUUUGGCGUACUCCCCCGGGAAAACAGCAUGAAACCAGCACAGUUCAAGUCCUGCAGUGUGGUAGGAAACGGGGGCAUUUUGGCUGACAGUCGAUGUGGACGACAAAUAGACUCGUCGGACUUCGUAUUCAGGAGCAACUUUUCUCCAGUUGGGGGCGAGUUCGCAGGGGAUGUCGGGAGCAAGACUGACUUCAUCACGAUCAACCCAUCAGUUUUUGACACCUAUAACAAACUGAUAAAUGAAGACGACCAGAAGAGGUUUUUAAACGACCUGGCAGUGUAUGGCAAACCUCUCCUGUACACACAUCCAUUCCGGCUGUACGGGCACGCAAAGGUCUCCAUGCUCGCCAUCUAUGCACUGAAGAACGCUGGCCGUAUCCGCCAGGUCCGGGCGUCCCAUCCAGACUUCCUCCUGUCCGUGGCUUCCUUCUGGAAGGGCCGGGGCUUACAGGAGCUAAGACCAACCACAGGUCUGCUGCUGUUGGCGGUGUCCCUGUCUCUGUGUGAAGAGGUCACUCUGUACGGCUUCUGGCCUUUCUCCAAGUACAACGGUCAGCCGGUCAACUACCACUACUUCGACCGACCGACCUUGGGAAUGAGGGAAUUCAAGGACAAAUUCCUGGAGCGAGAGCUGAUUGAGCACGGACCAUACCACAAUUUCACAGAGGAGUUUUUAUUCCUAAACCGUCUUCAUGACAGGGGAGUACUAAAACUUCAGGCGGUGCCCUGCAGUUAGUCCUUGGGCCGCUUUCAGUAAAUAGUAGUCACGAGUUAGAUCAUAAGCAUACAAUGUUCUUUACCAGUAUAAACAGUAACAAUCCCAAUAUUGUACAUCAAUGUUACUACCUUGAUAGUGUUUCAUCACAACUCAUUUAUGUAUAUAAUUGUAGUGUUUUGCCAAUGACUUGUAUACAUUUAAUUUGCAGUUGCUAUUUCAAUGAAAGAAACUAUAGUUGUCAGCCAUCUCUGAUUAUAUGUAGCUUGGUUAAUGACAAAAUAAAACUCUAAAUGAAUGAGGGGAAGCAAAUGAGUAAAUAUUGUAUUAUAGGCAAUAUCUAAGUACUUAAGUACACACACCUGCAACGGUAUUGCACAUAGAAAAGCUGUGCUACAACCAUGCAUACCAUUCUUGUUUCUUAAGUAUCUGUUUGCUGAAGCGCUUGAACUUUUCCACGGAUUCCUCAUAGCUCAGUCCCCUUAUCACUACCCUGGCUACAUAGUCCCCGAGCCCACCACCCUGACCUAACAUCGUAAUUUGGUCGUCUUUAUCGACCUUCAUGACGACGUGAACUCCUUGCUCUCGCGAGAUUUCAUCCACCUUGUCGAAGUCUAUGUAAUCUGUGGCAGGUCCAGAGGAACGGGGAACGAUGUAUCCUAGAAACACCGGGCAUUCGCCAACCCUUAGAAGAUCCACGCCCUCUCCCGACACGAGCUGGAGUUGCAGUCUGACAGGAUCACCCUGUCUUAGGCACACUUGCAGGUGACUCAACCCCAAACGUCCUACAUUAAUUUCUAUCAAGGAAGGUGCACCUGAAGACUUGACGAAAAACUCGCCGUGCAACACUUGGUUAUCAAAACCCAAAGCUGUCAUUCCUUCCACAACCUUUACAAAAAUCUUCACAAUGUCAUCUUUUACUUGAGCAGUUGCACUGCAUGGAUGAUAGUACCCAGCUGCAUUGUCCCACCUAGAGGGAAAAUAUACUGACUCAGUAGUGAGAAGGUGGUUAACUUUUCCUUUGUGGACGUAACCAUCAACCGUGACCUUCAUCUUAACAUCAACGUACUUCUCAAGGACAAUGACUUGACGCAGAGCCAGUGGGUACUUCUUUGUAUCAAGGUAAUGUAUGACAAAGUUACGUAACAAGUGAAUACUGGGAUUAUAUGGGUUGAAUUUUGCUCCUGUCAAUGCUCCCUUUAUAUCUAAGAUAGCGGGAAGUAGCUCUGUUUUCCUGCUGAUCUUAUAGAUGGCUUCAGAGCCUGUGCCGAGCCCAGGCUUUAGAAAAGCUGACAGUCCCACCCUCUGUAGGGCAAGGUUCGCAUCCUCCUCUAAUGUUGGGGAGUCAAGGUCAAGUGCCUCACAAGGAAUCGGGUUUGGAUCAAGGACAGUCCGGCUGUAGAACUUGUGAAGUGCCAAGAAGCAGGACUCCACUGUGGGGCCUGAGAUGUGAGGAAACUCUUCAGAAAGCGCAGCAUGGACCAGAGUCUCUAGAUCCAGUCGGCUGACGACUCCAGUUACAUGUUGUUGCUUCACAAUAUCCUUUAACAUAUCUGUGUACUCUAAUAGGUCUGGAAACCUGUCUAUAUUCAAAUCAUUCAGCAUGGGAACCCAAAUAAAUUGAUGGUCUCCGUA